AUGGCAGUUUCAACUGCCCGAACAGCGAUGUGUCAUGCUGUUACUUCUGAGCAAUCACCGCAUCUGCAUUUGGCCCCAGCCGCAAGUGUAGGCCCAAACUGGACAAAUUCAUUUGCCACCAUACUUAUUUUACUACACCUGAUCCGCAACUGCUGGGCCUUGACCUGUAUGACAUGUGCAAGUCGGACUGCUACACGCCAGGAUGUUACUCAGCUCGACAAAUUCCGCGUUACUGCGCAGCUGCUGCAUCCGAGCUGCCAGAUGGAGCCAAUCCGGUGCGACCGCGAUCAGGAUGUGUGCGUGACGAUAACAAUGCAUAUUAAUGGGGCACACUACUGGAUUGGCGCCGGAUGUGACCGACAUGAACACUUCCAGCAUAUCGCAUGCGAAAAUGUUCGCACCCUGACACGUAACGUUCAACUAGGUAUGGUGCACGAACGGCGUGCGCUUCAGCGUGUUUGCGUGUGCACUUUCGACAAGUGCAACAUUGCCACUGCGGCCUACUUCACUACGCUGCCUUACCUCAUUACCAUUUUAUGUUCACUUCUUCUGCAUAUUUGUAACAGUGUCACUUGA